AAAUUGCACGUACUUUUAUUUUUAUUUUCAUAUCAAGGUCUAUUGCUGGAACGAACAGCACGGAUGCGGGUUUGUUGGAGCCACGGAAGACAUGUUGCAACAUUACGAAAAGGAAUGCGCCUUCCACAUCAUCGACUGCUUCCGGUGCGGCGAUGGUGUCCGGCACAGCGACCUCUCAUCGCAUUACGCGUCUGGAUGCACUUCCGGUCUCUCUUCCAAGGGUGCAGGCGACGCUUCCUUAGAAUCCACGGCGGCGAUAGUUCGAGACGUGAGGGCCUCUCUGGAAGAAAUGAUGGCCCAGUUGGUGAACCCGGACCGCGACCAGCUGAUGUCAUCAAUCCCGAGCAGGAUGAACGAACUCACCCAACAAAUGAGAGAACACGAAUUCCGGUUAGCCGAGUUCACUCGCGAGGUGGAUGAAUCCACGGAGGCCGAGAUGGCUCAGGUGGCGGCUUCGAUUUCGUCCAAGAUGGCGGGCCAGCCGAGGUAUCAGAGCAGCGAGACGGCGGAGCAGGUCAGCACGACGUCGCUGCAACUGCUACGCCCGGAGAAGUCGAAGACCUGUCGCCAGCCGUACUUAUUCGCGAACCUGCCUCUCGGUGUUCUGCAGGCCAUGCGGCUAACUUCCUCGCAGGAUUAUCCGCAGCAUGUCGUCUCUAACUGCGGGCCACGGGACGUGAAGUGUCACUUGUAUUUAACCGCGCCUCUGUCGACGACGCGCACAUGGAGGGAAGUGGAAGGCUCCGUGAAAUACGUCCUGACCCUGAAGAACUGCGACAUGGAUGUGCCGGCGAUGGAAAAGAGCACAAUUUUCGCUCAGGUCACCGUCUUGCACACUAGGGACGCUUACUUUACCGUCGAAGUCGACAAGAACUACCUCUUUCUUUUCGUGCGAAUCGGGUUUCACGGGUUGCUGGCGGGUCCCCAGUGCUCGAUGCCUUCUUUUAGGGUUAAACUGUUGGACGGUGAACCGGGUAAGAGCCGUUAUCUGUCUUCACUUCAAGAACCCUGUCGUUGUAAGGGCGACGAUUACCGGUUGCUGCACUUUCGCCGUGUCUACUCGAUAGAUGCCGAUUGCCUGCAAAAGAACGAUUUCGUUCGUGGGCGAAAGCUGGAGCUCGAAAUCGAGGUUUUGCGCGACGAACCUGCGCGUCCGUAACAUCCGAGCUCCUAGCGCCAAUGUUCUGCAUUACUGAGCCUUUUUAUUCUUUGUAUGCCUCUUUAACACUUGACGCGUGUAUGCUUAAUGAGCUUACCGAGGUUUUGACUGCAGUUCAAUAAAACGGCUGCUGUGAAUGUUCUUGUGCCU